UUCCCUCUUUCGAUUUCCAGCCACGGCAACCAGUGAUUUAAACUGUCUUUUUCGUUGCGCGGUGAAAGGUUGCGUUUAUCCGCGCAACAAAUAGAGCAGUUAACACGUAGAAAACAAGACUGAAAACCAAACCAAACUUGGAUCUGUUGCGUUUGCGUUCCGUAACCAAAGCGGAACAUUCCUCAAUCUCUCUUGUGAUUAUUUCCUCUUUUCUCUGGACGAGAAAAAGCUGUUGGAUUGGUUCGAGCAGACGGGCUUCUUACUUCUCAGCGGCGUGAUAUUAGAAGUUUAUACACGUUUUUAGCCUAAACGCGGAGGUCACAUUCUACAUGUAGGAAAAGCGACUAAUUCCAUCCUGCUGGUUGACUGGCACCAAUUCUAAAGUUAGUUUCCAGAUGCAGAGUAAACAAACACGGGUUGCAAGCGAAGAAAGACAUUGCCUACCCGCGCAAGCGUUUACUUAGAGACGUUUUGCGUCUUUCUUCAUUGGGAGUUUUGAGGAGAAGGCUUGUUUUUGAGGAGCAGAGCUUGUUUCUCGGUGCACUGAAUGAGGAGGAACGUCCCAUGUGCGGCUUUCACUCUUUCUGACAACCCUUCAGACCCAAGUUUCUCUGUGGUACAUCUUGAGUACAAUACAUCCCUUUAAUGCCUUGCUGCUGCCGUAACAUGUCUGACCUGGAUCAUCCCCUUCAGAAACGCUUCCUCUGAUGUGCAUUCGCUCUCAAAACAGUUCUGCUCAACGUCCCGGCAAACGCACAGAAAGACUCUUUGAACUUGUGAACACUGUAUCACCUACCUGAAGCAUUCCUUCAUCACCCAGGCUUGCGUUUACAAGUGGAUUGAGCCGAAGUCUCACGUCCUGAGGCGUGACUGAAACUCAGCGAGUCAAAAUGGCUAACAACACUGCAGACCACCCGCCGGGGAACUCGGUCGCAGAGGUCGACCACGAAGGCGACUUUGGCUGCACGACGAUGCAGCUCCGUGAGCUGAUGGAGCUCCGCAGUGGCGAGGCGGUCAACAAGAUUGCAGAAUGCUAUGGAGACGUGCAAGGGAUCUGCCGCAGGCUCAAGACCUCACCUGUCGAGGGCCUCUCUGGUAACCCUGCUGAUUUGGAAAAGCGUCACACGGCGUUCGGUAAAAACUUCAUCCCCCCCAAGAAGCCCAAGACCUUUCUGCAGUUGGUAUGGGAGGCCCUGCAGGAUGUCACCCUCAUUAUUCUGGAGGUGGCAGCCAUUAUUUCUCUCGGCCUGUCCUUCUACCACCCACAAGGGGAAGGCAGCGACGACUGUGGCCAAGCAUCUGGGGGUGUUGAGGAUGAGGGCGAGGCCCAGGCAGGCUGGAUUGAAGGUGCUGCCAUCUUGUUCUCAGUCAUUAUCGUUGUGCUGGUGACCGCCUUCAACGAUUGGAGUAAAGAAAAGCAGUUCCGUGGGCUGCAGAACCGCAUCGAGCAGGAGCAGAAGUUUACGGUCAUCCGCAAGGGUCAGGUCAUCCAGAUCCCAGUGGCUGAAAUCGUUGUGGGAGAUAUUGCACAAAUCAAAUACGGUGACCUUCUCCCAGCUGAUGGUAUCUUGAUCCAGGGUAAUGACCUGAAGAUUGAUGAAAGCUCUCUGACUGGGGAGUCCGAUCAUGUUCGCAAAUCUCUGGAGAAGGAUCCUAUGCUCCUUUCUGGAACUCACGUGAUGGAGGGAUCUGGCCGAAUGGUGGUCAGUGCCGUGGGCCUGAAUUCUCAGACUGGAAUCAUUUUCACCCUUUUGGGCGCCAGUGAUGAGGAGAAGAAGAAGGUGAAGAAAGGUAAAAAACAAGGACCCCCCGAAAAUCGCAACAAAGCUAAGACCCAGGAUGGCAUUGCUUUGGAGAUCCAACCGCUGAAGAGUGAGGAAGGUGCGGAGUCAGAGGAGAAGGAGGAGAAAGAAGAAAAGGAGAAAAAGAAGGUCAACGUCACCAAGAAAGAAAAGUCGGUCCUGCAGGGCAAGCUGACCAGACUAGCUGUUCAGAUUGGAAAAGCAGGUCUCAUCAUGUCUGCUGUGACCGUCAUCAUCCUCAUCCUUUUCUUUGUCAUUGAUACAUUUGGCGUCCAGGGCCGCGAGUGGACAGCAGAGUGCACUCCAAUCUACAUUCAAUACUUUGUGAAGUUUUUCAUUAUUGGCGUGACCGUGCUGGUGGUAGCCGUGCCUGAGGGGCUGCCUCUAGCUGUCACUAUCUCCCUGGCUUAUUCCGUCAAGAAAAUGAUGAAAGACAACAACCUGGUGAGGCACCUGGAUGCCUGUGAGACCAUGGGUAAUGCCACUGCCAUCUGCUCUGACAAAACUGGAACGCUGACUAUGAAUCGCAUGACAGUGGUGCAGGCUUUCAUAGGUGACACACACUAUAAAAGCAUUCCUGAAUCGGAGGCCAUUAAUCCAGAGACUCUUGAGCUACUGGUGAACAGCAUCUCCAUAAACUCAGCCUACACUACCAAGAUCCUGCCUUCUGAGAAGGAGGGAGGUCUGCCAAGGCACGUGGGUAAUAAGACAGAGUGUGCACUUCUUGGUCUGGUGUUGGAGCUGAAGAGAGACUAUCAGCCUAUUAGAGAUGAGGUUCCUGAGGAGAAACUUUAUAAGGUUUACACAUUCAACUCCUCCCGGAAGAGCAUGAGCACUGUACUAAAGAACACCAGUGGUCCAGGCUUCCGGAUGUACAGCAAAGGCGCCUCUGAGAUUGUCCUGCGCAAAUCACACCCACGCGCUGCUCGCGCUAUUGAUAUUACAAAUCUCCACGUGAGACGUGCGACAUGUAAACGCCCACAUCGCCGUAAACAAAGCAGCAACAUGUUCAUCUCGGAUACUUUUUCGUUUUUGGAAGAAGAAAAGAGAGGAAUAAGCCUUGUAUUUACCUCAGAAGACGGGCUGAGAGGAAAAAGCUUUGUUUACCUCACAAACAGAACGCGAGCGCGGCUGGAGCCAGCAGAGGAGAUCUUUCAUGCAGAGCAACCUUUCAUUACAUCUAAAUGUGACCUUCUCCCAGCUGAUGGUAUCUUGAUCCAGGGUAAUGACCUGAAGAUUGAUGAAAGCUCUCUGACUGGGGAGUCCGAUCAUGUUCGCAAAUCUCUGGAGAAGGAUCCUAUGCUCCUUUCUGGAACUCACGUGAUGGAGGGAUCUGGCCGAAUGGUGGUCAGUGCCGUGGGCCUGAAUUCUCAGACUGGAAUCAUUUUCACCCUUUUGGGCGCCAGUGAUGAGGAGAAGAAGAAGGUGAAGAAAGGUAAAAAACAAGGACCCCCCGAAAAUCGCAACAAAGCUAAGACCCAGGAUGGCAUUGCUUUGGAGAUCCAACCGCUGAAGAGUGAGGAAGGUGCGGAGUCAGAGGAGAAGGAGGAGAAAGAAGAAAAGGAGAAAAAGAAGGUCAACGUCACCAAGAAAGAAAAGUCGGUCCUGCAGGGCAAGCUGACCAGACUAGCUGUUCAGAUUGGAAAAGCAGGUCUCAUCAUGUCUGCUGUGACCGUCAUCAUCCUCAUCCUUUUCUUUGUCAUUGAUACAUUUGGCGUCCAGGGCCGCGAGUGGACAGCAGAGUGCACUCCAAUCUACAUUCAAUACUUUGUGAAGUUUUUCAUUAUUGGCGUGACCGUGCUGGUGGUAGCCGUGCCUGAGGGGCUGCCUCUAGCUGUCACUAUCUCCCUGGCUUAUUCCGUCAAGAAAAUGAUGAAAGACAACAACCUGGUGAGGCACCUGGAUGCCUGUGAGACCAUGGGUAAUGCCACUGCCAUCUGCUCUGACAAAACUGGAACGCUGACUAUGAAUCGCAUGACAGUGGUGCAGGCUUUCAUAGGUGACACACACUAUAAAAGCAUUCCUGAAUCGGAGGCCAUUAAUCCAGAGACUCUUGAGCUACUGGUGAACAGCAUCUCCAUAAACUCAGCCUACACUACCAAGAUCCUGCCUUCUGAGAAGGAGGGAGGUCUGCCAAGGCACGUGGGUAAUAAGACAGAGUGUGCACUUCUUGGUCUGGUGUUGGAGCUGAAGAGAGACUAUCAGCCUAUUAGAGAUGAGGUUCCUGAGGAGAAACUUUAUAAGGUUUACACAUUCAACUCCUCCCGGAAGAGCAUGAGCACUGUACUAAAGAACACCAGUGGUCCAGGCUUCCGGAUGUACAGCAAAGGCGCCUCUGAGAUUGUCCUGCGCAAGUGUUCCCAUAUCCUUGAUGCUUCAGGCCAGUCACUUGUCUUCAAGGCCAAAGAUCGGGAUGAGAUGGUGCGGAAAGUGAUCGAGCCAAUGGCCUGUGACGGGUUAAGGACCAUUUGCAUAGCCAUGAGGGAAUUCACAACAGAGCCAGACUGGGACAACGAGGCUGACAUUCUGAAUAACCUGACCUGCAUCUGUGUUGUGGGCAUUGAAGACCCUGUUCGUCAUGAGGUUCCUGAGGCUAUCUCUAAAUGUCAGCGAGCAGGCAUCACUGUCCGUAUGGUCACUGGAGACAACAUCAACACAGCCCGCGCCAUCGCUACCAAAUGUGGAAUCCUGCAGCCUGGAGAGGACUUCCUGUGCCUGGAAGGCAAAGACUUCAACCAGCAGAUUCGCAAUGACAAAGGAGAGGUUGAACAAGAGCGUCUUGACAAGGUCUGGCCCAAACUGCGUGUUCUGGCUCGUUCCUCACCAACAGACAAACACACUCUGGUUAAAGGCAUCAUUGACAGCACAGUUGGAGAAACCAGACAGGUGGUGGCUGUGACUGGAGACGGCACUAACGACGGUCCUGCCCUUAAAAAAGCGGAUGUUGGCUUUGCUAUGGGUAUUGCGGGCACAGAUGUUGCAAAGGAGGCCUCUGACAUCAUCCUUACCGAUGACAACUUCACCAGUAUCGUCAAAGCUGUGAUGUGGGGGCGCAAUGUCUACGACAGCAUCUCCAAGUUUCUGCAGUUUCAGUUGACUGUCAAUGUGGUGGCAGUGAUUGUUGCUUUCACUGGGGCCUGCAUCACACAGGACUCUCCACUUAAAGCCGUUCAGAUGUUGUGGGUAAAUCUGAUUAUGGAUACACUGGCUUCUUUGGCUCUGGCAACGGAACCCCCAACAGAAGCGCUCCUGCUGAGAAAACCUUAUGGACGAAACAAGCCACUCAUUUCCAGGACUAUGAUGAAGAACAUCUUGGGUCAUGCUGUUUACCAACUUAUCAUCACAUUUACUCUUCUCUUUGCUGGUAAGAGGCUUCUUUUAUGCAACCAGCCACUGAUGUGUUUAAAACCAGUAAAACCAGCUGUUACCACUAUAAUCAUAGUGCAGUUUGGAGGGAAGCCGUUCUCUUGCACGGCCCUCACCAUCGAUCAGUGGCUCUGGUGUGUCUUCAUAGGAGUUGGUGAGCUGCUUUGGGGCCAGUUCAUCUCUGCUGUCCCCACGCACCGCCUCAAAUUCUUGAAGGAGGCUGGUCAUGGCAUCCCCAAAGAGGACAUCGCCGAGGAGGUACUAACUGAAGGUGCGGAUGAAAUUGACCAUGCUGAGAUGGAGAUGCGCAGAGGACAGAUCCUAUGGUUCAGAGGACUCAACCGCAUCCAGACUCAGAUUAAGGUGGUGAAUGCAUUCCGCAGCUCCUUAUACGAGGGCCUAGAGAAGCCAGAAUCCAGAAGCUCCAUCCAUAACUUCAUGUCCCACCCUGAGUUUGUACCCCUCUCCGAGGAGGAACCCCGCGUGCCCACGAUAGACGAGGGCUGUGUAGAGAUUGAGCACCUCCCCUCCUCUUCCAGAAAUGGAGGUGGCGGCGAACCCCCGGACCGCUCUCUUCACAGCUAUGAAUUCACCGUGUGACCCUCCCAUCAUUCUCCACUGCAACUGCCCCAAAAUCAUUAUUUUUUGUUUUAUUUCGUUGUGUUUUUAAAACCUGUGCACCACUCCUCCGGUGGAGCCCUGCUGAUGCACAUCUAAGAGACAGCAGCACUUACAGCGGCCGAUGGGGCGACUACGAUCCCUUUCGCCUCUCCUCCAUCCUCCCCACCCCUCUGCCCCUAUCAACUUGCACUGUGUCGGCGACAGCAGCGCUCUGUAAGUACAUGCGGCUGUGUUGCAGCCCAUGUGACAUAUGGCCUAACUUACACACUAGAGGGUGACACUGUGGCAAAUAUCCUCUCUCAGCCUGUCACUGGCAUCUCUUCUACAGUUGUGAUUUUUCUCAUUUUUAUAUUGUCACAUCUCUGGUCUUGUGUAAUGCUGUAAUAAUUUUUGUUAUUUGUCCCAGGACUCUCAGUUACAUAGUUUUUGUUUUGUUUUUUUGCUGAUACAGCCGAUUAUAUUCAUGCACUCAGUUGCUGUUUGAAUAGAUUUCUCUCUUUUUUUCUCUCUCUUGAUUUGCUCUGUUUUAAGGUGGAUUGAAAAACAUGGCAGUGAAGCUACCUAUGUUCUUUUAGUUUUUAAAAUUUAUUUUAUGCUCUAAUGGAUGUUUUAAGUAGUUCAGACACACUACAUGUCAUGUUUUCAGAGGUUGUCAUACAAUGCUGUUUGGCUCAUUUUGGGUUUCCUGUCACUUUAUAUGUACAGAUGUAAGGCUGCUAUAGUGAACAUUAGCAGAAUAAAAUACUAUAAUAAACUUAUUUGAUAGCUAGGAAUACCUGAUUGGCUCUUAAGGGGGCAGGGAGGGUCAUCUUACACAUCAUCUCUUCGAAAUCACACCCAGUGGGCAUCUCUAGUCUCUUGUUAAUGCUCAUUUUCCUCAAAACAAAUGCCCAGCUAAUUGACCAAGUACUUUAUCAAAGGUACAGCACCUCAUCAUAGUGUGCAUGUAUCUGUCUUUAGGUUCAUCUGUGUCUGAUUGUAUGGGAAUGGUAAUUGUAAUACUAAUCUUUAUGGGAUAAUGACUAAUGAAUAGGAUUUUCCUUUUUCUUGUUUCCUCUUUCAGAAAAAAAAUGCUAUAGAAAUGAUUCUGUAUGUGUGUACUUUCAAAUCCAGUCUUUUUCUCGUCUCAGCUCUGCAGUUAGGUGUUCUCCUUGUUAUCUAACAUCAGGCUGUGCUCCACAUAAGCUCCAAGUUAAGCAGACGCCACUGGUAGAGCUCCAAAAUCCCAUCCCUGAACUUAGCCUGUGAGGGUAAAGAUACUGCAUGUAGUAAGCAUGCUUUUGCUAUUUAAAAAAAAGAGAGAAAGAAAACACUUAAACACACAAAAGUAUGCGGCAAGGGCCUAUUUUGGACCCUGUGAGCUCUGUUGAAACUUGGAUGACAAACUAUAUUGGACUGUUUUCAUAAGAGUGCGGCUUCAACGACAUGUGCUUUUUAUUAGCCGAAACAUACUACUGCCAUAGACUUGACCUUCUGCUCAUACCAAUUGAUGGAUUCCUCAAAUUACACCUUUUUCUACUUGCUCAGAGCCAUAUUUUAUAGAUUGUUCUUUUAUAUCCCAUCGUUUUUGCAGUUUAUUUUGUAUUUCCAACCAAAUUCUAAAAACACACAGAGAGUCACUGCCUAAAGAAAAAAGGAAAAAA